AAAUUCCUUUUCUCUUCACAAACACAGCCAUGAAGCAAAGAUUCUCGUCUUUGGACGUCAAGGUCAUCACUCAGGAAUUGGCAUCGGAGUGUGUCAACCUCCGAGUGUCCAACAUCUACGAUUUGUCCUCGCGUAUAUUCCUUUUUAAACUCGCCAAACCGGACCAUCGGCGCCAACUCAUUAUUGACUCCGGUUUUCGCACUCAUGUCACCCAAUAUUCGCGGACCGCGGCAACCACACCUUCGCCCUUUGUGACCCGUCUCCGAAAGUACCUGAAGUCUCGUCGGAUUACAGGCAUCUCCCAAAUUGGAACCGAUCGCAUCAUCGACUUCUCCUUCAGCGAGGGUGCAUACCACAUCUUCCUUGAAUUCUUCGCCGGUGGUAACAUUAUCUUGACGGACCGCGAAUACAACAUUCUUGCUUUCUUCCGCCAAGUUGCCGCCGGUGUGGGUCAGGAAGAGAUCAAGGCCGGACUCAAGUACACUGUGUCCAAUAAACAGAACUAUGAUGGGGUUCCGGACAUCACAGCGGAUCGAGUUUUGCAAACACUGGAAAAGGCACAGGGGCUUUUCGCCCAAGAGGGAAAUGCACCCAAAAAAUUCAAGAAAAAGGGAACGGAUUUUUUGCGAAAGGCGUUGUCACAAGGCUUUCCUGAAUACCCCCCCUUGCUCCUAGACCACGUUUUUGCGAUCAAGGAAUUUGAUACUACAACGCCACUGGAUCAAGUAUUGGGGAGCCAAGAUCUGUUGCAGACCGUGAAAGAGGUUCUAGAAGAAUCGCAGCGAAUUUCCCACACCUUUGAUUCUGGCGACAGCCAUCCGGGCUACAUUGUUGCGAAAGAAGACACGCGACCUAUUCCGGAAGGAGAGACUUCGUCAAUGGGCCCAGGUCUGCUGUAUGAAGAUUUCCACCCUUUCAAACCUCGACAGUUUGAAAACAAACCAGGAAUAAAGAUUCUGGAGUUCGAGCGCUUCAAUGCCACGGUCGACGAGUAUUUCUCAUCUCUUGAAUCUCAGCGUCUCGAGUCGCGAUUGACAGAGCGCGAGGAGGCAGCCAAAAAGAAGCUCGAAUCCGUGCGAUCAGAGCACAAAAAGCGGAUUGAUGAGCUCAAGAAUGUGCAAGAGCUUCACAUCCGUAAAGCGGAUGCUAUUCAGGACAAUGUUUACCGAGUCCAGGAGGCAAUGGAUGCUAUCAAUGGACUGGUGGCCCAGGGAAUGGACUGGGGUGAGAUUGCGCGCCUGAUUGAGAUGGAACAAGAUCGCGGCAAUCCAGUGGCCCAAACAAUCAAACUGCCCCUCAAACUGUACGAAAACACGGUCACAUUACUUCUUGGAGAGGCCGGCGACGACGAGGAUGAAGAGGAGGAGUUUUCUAGCAGCGAUGAAUCUGACUCCGACUCCGAGAACGAAGCAGAGCAAGAGCCAGGCCGUGCGGAGCGAGAGUCUAAGCUAUUGACCAUUGAUAUUGACCUUAGUCUGAGCCCAUGGGCGAACGCAUCGCAAUACUAUGACCAGAAGAAGCAAGCCUCGGAGAAGGAACAAAGGACAACCCAGUCGUCUACGAAGGCACUGAAGAGUCACGAGAAGAAGGUGACAACCGACCUCAAGCGAGGCUUGAAGAAAGAGAAGCAAGUGCUUCGACAGGCUCGGACGCCAUUCUGGUUUGAGAAGUUUAUCUUUUUCAUUUCUUCAGAGGGUUACUUGGUUAUAGGUGCACGGGACGCUAUGCAGAGCGAAUUGCUCUACCGGCGUUAUUUGUCCAAGGGCGAUAUUUUUGUGCACGCUGACCUCGAAGGUGCGACGCCAAUCGUGGUGAAGAACCGAGCUGGUAGUGCAGACGCACCAAUUUCUCCAAGCACACUAUCUCAGGCCGGCAACCUUUGCGUCGCAACUUCAACUGCUUGGGAUUCUAAGGCUGUCAUGUCUGCUUGGUGGGCGCAUGCUCAUCAAGUAUCGAAAAUCGCAGAGAACGGUAGUGGAAUCAUGCCCACGGGUGUUUUCCAAAUCAAAGGCGAUAAGAACUUCUUGGCCCCAUCGCAACUGGUGCUUGGGUUUGGUAUUAUGUUCCAAGUCAGCCAGGAAAGCGUUCGGAACCAUAAGCAGCGAUUUGACACAUCUGACGUUCCGCAAGCCGCUAUAACUCCUGCAGAUGAGACUGAGGCCUCUGAGAUGAAGGAUGCCGUGGAGCCAGAAGCUCAAGAGCAGGCAGAGGCCACCGAAGAGGCUAUCGAAGAUGCCACCAAAGACGCAGAGAAGGAAGAUGCGGGAUCUGACGAGGAGGAUGAAUAUAACAAAGCCGCUACUAGAAACCCUCUCCAGCGAGGCGAUUCCGAUCUCCCGACCUCUCAGCCUACUCAAGGAUCGGAAUCUGAGUCUGAGUCUGAGCCAGAAGAAGAAUCGAAGGAUGAGGUAGAGCAAGAAGUCGCAGAAGAUCAGCCGGAGGGAGAAGAAGCUACAUCAAAAGCAGAUCAAAAUUCUGUAACCGAGCAAAAGGAAGAACCGAACUUGAACGCUCGAGAGCGACGUACCUUGCGACAAGGCAAGCCUCUUGACCGCCCCGAGGAAGAACCAGCUGCACCACGCAUCGCCCCCACCCGUGGCAAGCGGGCGAAGGACAAGCGCGCUGCUGCCAAGUAUGCUCAUCAAGACGAGGAUGAGCGAGAACUUGCUCUUCGGUUGGUGGGUGCCAACAAGGGCAAAGCCGCAAAGGCGGCCAAGGCAGCUGAAGCCAAGGAACAGCGUGAGCGAGAGGCCGAGGCGCAAAGGCAACGACGACGGGCCCAGCAUGAGCGUGCCGCCGAAGCCGAGCGCAAACGCCAGGCCCAAUUCACGGAAAAUGGAACGGACGAUUACAACGAGGAGACAGCUGCCGCAGAGGCUGCAGAUCUCACUUGGAUUCCAGCCUUGGUGGGUACACCCACUACGGAUGACGAUAUUAUUGCUGCUAUUCCAGUAUGCGCCCCAUGGGCUGCCCUUGGACGCUACAAAUACAAAGUCAAGCUACAGCCGGGCACCGUGAAGAAGGGCAAGGCCGUCAAGGAGAUCAUUGGUCGGUGGGUGUCCGAGACCACGACCGGGAAGGUCAAGAAGGAGCACGCCGAAGAUGUCGGUAUCUCUCGUGUCGAUGCUGAGCGUCUCCGGGAACGGGAGGGAGAGCUCAUCAAGGGCUGGAAGGACACAGAGAUUAUCAACACUAUGGUUGUGGGCAAGGUGCGCAUCAUGACUGCAGGAGCUGGAAGCGGAGCCGGUGGUGAUAAGGGCAAGGGUAAAGGUGGAAAGGGUGGUGGUGGAGGUGGAGGUGGCAGAGGAGGUGGUAAGGGUAAGAAAAAAUGA